GCCCAGGGUCUGAGAAAGACCAGCUGCUUGUGGUCCUUCCUCCCAGGCUUUUCUGGGUCAGCGGUGCCCACUGGACCCAGUGAAGCCACAGACGCCUUCAAAGUGUUCCAUGGGAGGGGCGGGGCUCCUUGGAGGAAGCUGGUGAAGCUCUGACCACAGACCGGGGAGCAUGCCACCUCUGCUGGUGCUUGCCGCCAGCAGGAAGCCACAAGCUACGGGAGCCGAUUGAGACAACCACAAUGGGCUUUUUCUUUGGGAUUGUAUCAGGAGUUGCUGGUUAUCACUAGAAGGCUGCGGCAUCACGAGGGUGAUGGGAUUGAAAAAGUUAUGGUGACAAGCUACUGAGCCUUACCAAGGAUGGGAGUGGUGAGCAGCAAAAAGCAGGUGAAGGAGAAGAGUAAGGCCCAAUGGAGUCCUGUGAAGGUCAGCACCCAGAGCAAAGAUCCCCCACCACUGCCACCCUUGGUGCUGUUUAACCACCUGGCUCCUGCACCUCCGGACACGUGUCCAGACCAAGAGGAGCACUUCGUGGUGGCCCUGUAUGACUACAGCUCAGUGAAUGACAGGGACCUGCAGAUGCUGAAGGGGGAGAAGCUACAGAUACUGAAGGAAGUUGGAGACUGGUGGUUGGCCAGGUCUCUCAUCACUGGAAGAGAAGGCUAUGUGCCCAGCAACUUUGUGGCCCGAGUGGAGACCUUGGAAGUGGAAAAAUGGUUCUUUAGAUCAAUUAGCCGGAAAGAUGCUGAGAGGCAGCUUCUGGCUCCAAUCAAUAAGGCGGGUUCCUUUCUUAUCAGAGAGAGUGAAACCAACAAAGGUUCCUUUUCCUUGACUGUGAAGGAUGUGACCACCCAGGGGGAGAUGAUCAAACACUACAAGAUCCGCUCCCUGGAUGAAGGGGGCUAUUACAUCUCCCCCCGCAUCACCUUCCCUACACUCCAGGCUUUGGUGCAGCAUUAUUCUCAGAAAGGGGAUGGUUUAUGCCAGAGGCUGACCCAACCCUGUGUGAGCCUGGCUCCUCAAAACCCCUGGGCCCAGGAUGAAUGGGAAAUCCCCCGGCAGUCUCUCAAGCUGGUCAGGAAACUCGGGUCUGGGCAGUUUGGCGAUGUCUGGAUGGGUUAUUACAAGAACAAUGUGAAAGUGGCCAUCAAGACCUUAAAGGAGGGAACCAUGUCUCCAGAGGCCUUCCUGGCAGAGGCCAACAUGAUGAAAACUCUCCAGCACGAGAGGCUAGUUCGUCUCUACGCCGUGGUCACCAAGGAACCCAUUUACAUCGUGACCGAGUACAUGGCCAGAGGAUGCUUGCUGGAUUUCCUGAAGACGGAUGAAGGUAGCAGAUUGUCCCUCCCCAGACUGAUCGACAUGUCAGCCCAGAUUGCCGAAGGAAUGGCGUACAUCGAGCAAAUGAAUUCAAUCCACCGCGACCUGAGGGCAGCCAACAUCCUGGUGUCUGAGACCCUGUGCUGCAAGAUCGCGGACUUCGGCUUGGCCCGCAUCAUUGACAGUGAAUACACCGCUCAAGAAGGCGCCAAGUUCCCCAUCAAGUGGACUGCCCCAGAGGCCAUUCAUUUUGGGGUGUUCACCAUCAAAGCGGAUGUGUGGUCGUUUGGAAUCCUCCUGAUGGAAAUCGUCACUUACGGGCGUGUACCCUAUCCAGGAAUGAGCAACCCCGAGGUCAUCCGCAGCCUGGAGCGCGGCUACCGCAUGCCGCGGCCCGACUCGUGCCCGCCAGAGCUGUACCGCAGUGUCAUCGCUGAGUGCUGGCGGAGCCGGCCAGAGGAGCGGCCCACCUUUGAGUUCCUGCAGUCAGUGCUCGAGGACUUCCACACGGCCACGGAGCAGCAGUACGAGCUGCAGCCCUAGGCCCUGGCGCAGGAACACGCGUCCGGGGCCCGCGAGGCCCAGGGAUGGCUUACAC